CCCUUUCUCGUCCCCUCCCCCCCAACGUUGUUUCUUCACCAUCAUGGAGACCCUCAUCCCUGUCAUCAACAAGCUACAAGAGAUCUUCAACACAGUGGGGGCUGAAGUCAUCCAGCUGCCCCAGAUUGUCGUGGUUGGCUCCCAGAGUAGUGGGAAAAGCUCUGUGCUGGAGAGCAUCGUCGGCCGGGACUUCUUGCCACGUGGCUCGGGCAUAGUCACGCGCCGACCUCUCAUCUUGCAACUGGUGCAUGUCCCGACACUGGAGGAGAGGAGGCGGACAGCCAGUGGAGAAAGUGGCGUCCAGGCUGACGAAUGGGCCACCUUCCUGCACUGCAAGCACAAGACCUUUACAGACUUCAGCGAGAUUCGGCAGGAGAUUGAAAUUGAGACGGAAAGGACAACUGGGUCCAAUAAGGGAAUUGGCCAGGAGCCCCUCUACCUGAAGAUCUACUCCCCUCACGUGCUCAACUUGACUCUUGUGGAUCUACCAGGGAUUACCAAGGUGCCUGUUGGGGAUCAGCCCCCUGACAUCGAGGUCCAGGUCCGGGAUAUGAUCCUUUCCUAUAUUUCCAACCCCAACUGCCUGAUCCUGGCUGUGACUGCCGCCAACACGGACAUGGCCACCUCGGAAGCACUCAAGUUGGCCCGAGAUGUGGACCCUGACGGGCGGAGGACGCUGGCUGUUGUCACCAAGCUGGACCUGAUGGACGCCGGGACAGAUGCCAUGGAUGUGCUGAUGGGCCGUGUUAUUCCCGUCAAGCUGGGCAUCAUUGGGGUGGUCAACAGGAGCCAACACGAUAUCAACAGCAACAAGAGCAUCGGCGAGUCCCUGCAAGAUGAGCAGGGUUUCCUGCAGAAGAGGUACCCGUCCCUUGCCAACCGAAACGGCACCCGGCACCUGGCCAAGACCCUCAAUAGGCUGCUGAUGCACCACAUUCGGGACUGCCUGCCCGAGCUGAAGACCCGCGUGAACGUGCUGACGGCCCAGUAUCAGUCGGUGAUGCAAAGCUACGGGCAGCCCAUUGAGGACAAGAACGCCACCCUGCUUCAGAUCAUCACCAAGUUUGCCACUGAAUACUGUAAUACGAUCGAGGGCACAGCGCGCAACAUCGAGACGUCAGAGCUGUGUGGAGGGGCCCGGAUGUGCUACAUCUUCCACGAGACCUUUGGCCGCACGCUGGAGUCCAUCGAUCCGCUGGCUGGCCUGACAAUGCUGGACAUCUUGACGGCCAUCCGGAAUGCCACAGGUCCCCGUCCCGCCCUCUUUGUCCCAGAAGUCUCCUUUGAACUGCUGGUGAAGCGGCAGAUCAAGCGCCUGGAGGAGCCCAGCCUGCGCUGCGUGGAGCUGGUGCACGAGGAGCUGCAGCGCAUCAUCCAGCACUGCUCCACCUACAACACGCAGGAGCUGCUCCGCUUCCCCAAAUUGCACGAGGCCAUUGUGGAGGUGGUGACGGCCGUCCUUCGCCGGAGGCUGCCCAUCACGAAUGAGAUGGUCCACAACCUAGUUGCGAUUGAGCUGGCCUACAUCAACACGAAACACCCGGACUUCAUCGAUACAGCCUUGGUCUCUGCCUCUGUAAGCAACUCCAAGAAUGAACCUCUUCCCGACGGGGCCCGGCGGUGGAAAAGUGAGAAGGCGGAGGAGGCUGGCACCGACGACAAGCCCAAAGGGUCCUCCUCCCAGGUCUCCCUCUAUUCCAGCCCGAGCCGAUCCCACGCUGUCAAUCUGCUGGACACGCCCAUGCCAGCCACGCGGAAACUGAGUCAGCGGGAACAGCGGGACUGUGAGGUCAUCCGGCGUCUUAUCAAGUCCUACUUCCUCAUCGUGCGGAAAAGCAUCCAGGACAGUGUCCCGAAGACGGUGAUGCACUUCCUGGUGAACUACGUCAAGGACCACCUUCAGAGCGAGCUGGUGGGCCAGCUGUACAAACAGCAGCUCUUGGACACGCUGCUGACCGAGUCCGAGGACAUGGCCCAGCAACGCAACGAGGCUGCCAACAUGCUGAAGGCAUUACAGAAAGCCAGCCAGACCAUCUCUGAGAUACGGGAGACUCAGCUGUGGUGAGGAACGUCCGACAUUUCAGAAGACUGGCUGGGCCAGAGCCAGCCACUCAUUUCCACAACUGGCUUGGGUCUCUGGGGUGGGGGAGGCUAUUCCAUACACAUUCCAACCUGAAGCAAGAACCAGUCUCCGUGUUUGGACCACCACCCGGAGCCAGUGUUGCUUCCCUGGCCUGCCUCCUCCCUGACCGGUCAUUCGUGCAUUUCAUCCUUGCUGGUUAACUAUUAAAACGGUUCUUGUAUGGUUUGAACUCCCCCUCCCCAAUCUGCAUCCUUUGGUUACUGGUUUGGGCCCCGGUUUUGU